UAUGCCUCUCUCCCUGGUUUACUCAAAACUUCCCUAUUUUUUCGGAACAAAUUAAAUACGAAGGGACCAGAAGCGCAGAUCAAAUCGAAUCAGUGUCAUGAGAAUACAUAUAUGUACAUACGUACCAUGCACUGGAGACAAUACGGCGGGAGACCGGCAGAAGAAGGAAGUUGUGCUCUUAGGAUAUUUGGAUAAAAAUCACGAUAGAUGAUCCAAGUAACCGUUCUUCCUGUUCAUCACUGAUCAAUUAUUUGGCCGAUUGGUGCGUGCACCGCCAAAGUGUUGCCAUAACAUUUCUAUAGUGUUUUGCUUUGUAAUUCAGGGGCUGGCGGAUCUAGGGAUGACCGAGCUGGUUGGGAAAAAACAGCCGGAAUUAUGCCUGAAGCUGGCAUUAGAAGGAGAGAGAUUGUGCCGAGCUGGGGAUUUACGCAAAGGCAUUGACACCUUCAUCCAGGCUGCCGAUGCCGGUACGGAAGAUGCAUCCGUGCUAAGCGCUAUCUUUAUCCAGCUUGGCAAUGCUUACUUUUAUCUUGAGGAGUUCGAUAAUGCACUGGAGUACCAUAGUCGGGAUUUGGCGUUAGCAAGAUCAUUAAACGACGAGAAAAGUGAAGCCCGGGCAAGCGGAAACAUUGCAACGACUUUGAAAUCCUUAGGACAGUUCGACGAGGCCAUAGCUUGUGCGGAAAGGCAACUGGAGUUAUACCGCAAACUCCGUGCUGAUCCGCGAGCAACAAGUCGCGCCCUGUACAAUUUGGCCAACAUUCUGCACGCCAAGGGGAAAUGCAAAAUCAGCCUAGGGGGCCUGCUGGAACGGCAGGAGUUGCCGGAAGACGCUGUGAAAAACUUAACGGCUUCCGCCGACUACUACCUGGAAAGCUAUGUGAUGGUCAAGGAAAUGCAUGAUAUUGGGGCACAGGGACGAGUGUGCGGCAAUUUAGGAAACUUGUAUUACAUUAUGGGAGACUUUUCGCGAGCGGUGCUUUACCAUCAAGAGAGGUUAACCUUGGCCCGGCAAAGCCGGGACGUGCAAGCGGAGCGCCGAGCCUACACCAAUUUGGGCAACUGUCAUAUCUUCCUGGGCCAGUACUCCACCGCCACCGAAUGUUAUCUGAAAUCGCUGGCGCUUGUUGACACGGUUCGGGAGCAGAAUUUGGAAGCGCAGACCUGCUAUAAUUUAGCCAACUCCUACGCCCUAAUGCAGGAUUACAAAACGGCGGUCAAUUACUACCAGCGCCAUCUGUUUCUGGCCCGGGAAUUGAUGGAUAUCGUCGGAGAAGGCCGGGCCUGUUGUUCGCUGGGGGCAGCCUAUGCGGCGCUGGGUGACAUGGACAAAGCCAUCAAGUACGCCAAAGAGCACCUAAAAAUAUCCAAAGAGAUUGGCGAUUCGGCGGGAUAUAAGUCAGCGCAGAACCAUCUGAUCGCUUACGCCCAACCGCAGCCUGCAGCUACUUCCGGUGGAUCUAUUGAAGAUGGCGGCAACAUUGAGGAGAGUCUGGUUGCCCGUAUCCGCCGUAUAUCCAUGGAACAUAUGGAUGCGCUGCAGCGCGGCUUAGCAUCUCAUGAUCAUCAGCCUCAACGCUCAACCGAUCCACACCGUACAGAAGCUCUUUCUGGUGAUUUCAUUAAUAAUAAUCGGGAUAAUAAUCUCAUCAAUCUACCUUCCAAUUCUCCUGAUCUAAUCCGUUCGCGUGCACGUUCCCCGUCGUUUCCGGCUGCUCCGGUUUCGUAUUCAUCAUCACCUAAACCUGGUGCUGCCAAAAAUAAACGCCAUUUCUCAAUUGCACCGUUACAGGAAUUUCAGCUUGACGAAGAAUUUUUUGAUUUCCUAAGCCGUGCCCAAGGUCAUCGACUGGACGAUCAGCGCUGUUCUUUCCGAGAAAAUAAAGAAAAUCAGCAAAUAAAAAAUGGAAGUGCUAAGACAGGAUUGCGCAGUACAGGCCGAUCCGCCACGACUCGUGAAGAGUUGAUGGACUAUAUCGCCGGCAUUCAGAGUCGACGGCUGAAUGAGCAACGAGCGGAACUCCCUCCUCCUCUUCCCAGAACUCCUGUUUCCGCACGAUCCUACUCCCUGCCAGUAUCCACGCAGCAUAUAAUUAUACAGGAUUAUCCUCCGACGGCGAAAGAAUUCCAGAAAAUAUUGUCUGGACUUCCCGAAAACUCCUUCCUAGCUGAGUUAAUGGCGGCCAACAAUACGGCUGCCAACUGCAAUGCCCCGGCGUCCGCCAACCGCGUUCGCACUGACCGCGAAGCGCUUCCUGACUCCUUUUUUGACAUGCUGAUGAAGCAUCAGGGAGCCAGGAUGGAAGACCAGAGGGCCAGCAUUUCCUUGUCUUCAAACCGGCCUCCCGUACCGAGGCCGAAAGGAUCCGGGCCAUCGGGCGCCGACGACAGGCCGGCACAGCCGAAGUAGUCCACAGAUUUCUAUAUGACAUUGUCAAAAAGACAAACUUUUGCAGCUUUCCCCUGACACUUGACCUUUCUGAUAAUCAAAGGAGUUUUCAUAAAUCGGCUAGUAUGACGGAUUUUGCAUAAUACUGCAGUCAUUUUUUGUGUACGUGAUAUGUUAAAGUAUCUGUAUGUAUAUAAUGCAAGAGUAUUCCUGCUUCAGCUGGCACACGACUAAACGUUUCUUGCGGCUACUCACUUCUAGUUUUAUUAUACAGAUUUACUAUUGGUUUUGUUCUCUACAGAUUUUCAGCAAAUAUAUACACUUGUUAGCAUUAUUGCAAGAUUUCAGUCGUUUUGACAUUUAUUGAUAGUAAAUGCUUUUGACGAAAUAUAAACACUUGC